AUGUCAACUAAACUUCGAACUGUAUUUCAAACAUGUCAGGCUUCAAAGCGACCAGUGUUUGUUGCGUUUAUAACAGCCGGUUAUCCAGAACCGGAAGAAACUGUAGACAUUCUUUUGGCUCUUGAAAGAGGUGGAGUAGACAUUAUAGAGCUCGGCAUUCCAUUUACCGAUCCGCUCGCCGACGGCCCAACAAUUCAAGAAAGCAGUCAGAUUGCGCUUCAACAUAAAGUUGACAUACCAUUAUGUUUAUCUUUUGUUUCACAAGCACGUGAACGUGGAUUAAAAAUUCCCGUGAUUUUUAUGGGUUACUAUAAUCCGAUUUUGAGUUAUGGAGAGGAAAAAAUUGUAAAAGAUUGCAAAGAUGUGGGAAUUCAAGGGUUUAUUGUGGUCGAUCUUCCACCUGAAGAAUCCGAUCACUUUCGAAGCAUCUGUGCGCGACAUGGAUCAAGUUAUGUUCCUUUGAUUGCACCUUCUACAACAGAAGUUCGAAUUCGUCACUUGUCACACGUUGCCGAUUCUUUUAUCUAUGUUGUAUCAAGAAUGGGAGUCACUGGCUCAAGAGAUAAGAUAAACUCCGAAUUACCAAGUCUACUUGCUAAAAUUCGAAAAUAUACAAAUUUACCGCUUGCUGUUGGCUUCGGUGUUUCCAACAGAGAACAUUUUGAAUUAGUUGGAUCUCACGCUGAUGGUGUUGUGAUUGGAAGCAAAUUUAUUUCUGUAUUAAAAGAAUCGGAGAAAGGAAAAAGAGCCAAAGCGAUUCUUGAUUAUACUUUGGAAAUUUCUACAGGAUCCAAAAUUUAUGAUAAUAUCAAAGUCAUCUCAAAUGGAAGUCACACUGCCUCCAACAAUGCUAAUGUCUUGGCAGCUCAAGAAAGCGAAGAAGAUGCCAAAGCCGCCGCUAUUCAUAUUUUGGAUGCAAGAUUCGGUCAAUUUGGUGGGCAAUACGUUCCAGAAUCACUAGUUGAUUGCUUGGUUGAACUAGAAAAAGCGUAUAUAGAUACUAAAGAUGAUCCAGAAUUUUGGAAGGAAUUCAAAUCCUAUUAUGAUUACAUGGGUAGAGAAUCUCAGUUGCAAUACGCAGAUCGAUUGACUGCACAUGCAGGUGGUGCGAGGAUUUGGCUAAAACGUGAGGAUUUAAAUCACACUGGUUCACACAAAAUUAAUAACGCUAUUGGUCAGGUUUUAUUAGCUAAACGUCUUGGAAAGAAAAGAAUUAUCGCAGAAACAGGAGCUGGACAACAUGGUGUCGCAACUGCAACUGUUUGUGCUAAAUUUAAUUUGGAGUGCGUCGUUUAUAUGGGAAGUGAAGAUGUUCGUCGGCAAGCUCUAAAUGUUUUUCGAAUGAAAUUAAUGGGUGCCACUGUAGUUUCUGUUGAUUCAGGAAGCAAAACAUUAAAAGAUGCUAUUAAUGAGGCAAUGCGUGACUGGGUGACUAAUGUUGCUACUACACAUUAUCUGGUUGGUUCAGCAAUAGGGCCACACCCUUUUCCUCAAAUAGUUCGUGAAUUUCAAUCAGUUAUUGGGAAAGAGGCUCGCGAUCAAAUGCUAAAGAAAGCUGGUAAAUUACCUGAUCUAAUAAUUGCAUGCGUUGGGGGCGGAAGUAAUUCUAUUGGGUUAUUUUCUUCCUUUGUUUCCGAUAAAAAUGUUAAAAUAGUUGGAGUAGAAGCGGCCGGUGAAGGUGUGAAUACAAAUAAACAUUCAGCGACCUUGGUGGCAGGCACUCCCGGGGUGUUACACGGAACACGAACAUAUUUGCUGCAAGAUUCUAAAGGUCAAAUUUUAGAGACGCAUAGCAUUAGUGCUGGUUUAGAUUACCCAGGGGUUGGACCAGAGCAUGCAUUUUUGAAAGAUAUUGGUCGUGUUGAAUAUGUCGCAGUCACCGAUGCUCAGGCUUUAAUUGGAUUCCGAAAAAUGUCUGAAUUAGAAGGAAUCAUUCCAGCACUUGAAACCAGCCAUGCGAUUUAUACAACCAUCGAACUUGCAAAACAAAUGAAGCCCGAUCAAGACAUAUUGUUAAAUGUUAGUGGAAGAGGUGAUAAAGAUGUGGAAUCGGUUGCAGAAAAUUUGCCUAAGCUUGGACCACAAAUUGCGCCAACAAAUGUUACUCUUUACGCACUCGCAGUGUCAUACUCUUAUACGUUUCUUCUUUUAAUCUCUGUUGAACUUUAUCAACGUAGCACCGGAACCUCCGUCAAUCUAACUCGUAAGAUUAUUCAUUUGGGAGCUGGCACUUACAUACUGGUGACACUUUACUUAUUUGAGCAAUGGCAGUGGGUUGUUUUCUUGACGGGAUCUUUCGUCGUGUUAAAUGCUAUAUUUCGGUACAUAAAGCUUUUUAAAUCAAUGGAUCCUCAACAAGGAGCGACAUCUGGAACUGUCUUCUUUGCUUUUUCAUGUGCAUUUCUUCUUGGCUGGUUUCAUCAGGGUUGGGAAGAGGGCUUUCCACGUGGACGUGAAUAUCUCGCGAUAGCGGGUAUAAUGUCCAUGACCUAUGGCGAUGCUUUCGCGGCCAUAAUUGGAAAACGAUAUGGCAGACAUGAAUACCAAGUUAUUGGCGAUGGAGAUAGUAGACGUACUCUUGAAGGAUCCCAAGCGAAUUUCCUUUUUUCUUUUCUGGCAGUCUCAAUAACUUGGAUGAUAAUGUCACCUCCUGAACUUAGCAACUAUUGGGAUCUUAUUUACGGUUCAGUAAUUUCUGCCGUAUUAAGUACUGCUUUAGAAGCAAUUAGUCCAAGAGGUACUGAUAACUUGCUCGUACCAAUUGGUGUAAGUUUUACAUUAUCAUGGCUUGGAUACUAG